AUGACGGUGAUCACAUUAAUCUAUUUCUGCUGUGGGAUAUUCGUUGCCAACAUUGUCGGCACGGUAUCUACAAACAAUACUGAGCAAGAAACGGGACGAUUCGUUGCCACUAUUCAGUCUCCGGUUCCAGCGCCACCCUCACAACCAAAUGUAGUGUACAAACUAUCUUCACCGCACUAUCCGCAUCCGCCACAUCAAUGUUUUUGUCCGCCGGGACCUCCAGGACCACCGGGUGUGCCGGGACCUCCAGGUCCUUCAGGCUCGCCGGGAAGACCAGGUUACCCCGGUAUAAAGGGAGACAAAGGAUCGAAGGGAGAUAAAGGUCACUUUGGGUUGCCAGGCCAUCGCGGUCCAGUUGGGCCACCAGGUCAUCCUGGUGACAAGCACUGGCCUGCACCUCCCCCUCUGUAUCCUCAUCAACCUCCUAUAAUAAUACCCAUUCCUAUUCCACCGCCAAACAAGGGAAAGCAUAAAGAUCAUGGCCAUAAAGUAGUUCCCGGAAUUCCUGGAUUUCCAGGCCUUCCGGGGCAACCCGGGUAUCCUGGCUAUCCAGCGCCACCCUCACAACCAAAUGUAGUGUACAAACUAUCUUCACCGCACUAUCCGCAUCCGCCACAUCAAUGUUUUUGUCCGCCGGGACCUCCAGGACCACCGGGUGUGCCGGGACCUCCAGGUCCUUCAGGCUCGCCGGGAAGACCAGGUUACCCCGGUAUAAAGGGAGACAAAGGAUCGAAGGGAGAUAAAGGUCACUUUGGGUUGCCAGGCCAUCGCGGUCCAGUUGGGCCACCAGGUCAUCCUGGUGACAAGCACUGGCCUGCACCUCCCCCUCUGUAUCCUCAUCAACCUCCUAUAAUAAUACCCAUUCCUAUUCCACCGCCAAACAAGGGAAAGCAUAAAGAUCAUGGCCAUAAAGUAGUUCCCGGAAUUCCUGGAUUUCCAGGCCUUCCGGGGCAACCCGGGUAUCCUGGCUAUCCAGGUGAAUCCAGCAAUUAUCAGAAUAGUACACCGGUGAGCACUGAAGACAGUUCUGAAGCCACCAAGCCCAACACAAAUGAACAGAGUAUUGAAGACCAGCAACCGGUAAUCAAUAGCCAGUCCUUGGAGAAUAACGAUGUUGAGGAACGCAGUUCGAAAGGUCCACUUAUUUUAUCUAUUUCCACUCCUCGAAAUCCACUCCAAAUGUAUGCAUACGAUAAAAGUAAAUAA